CCACCAGCCUUUGUAUAACUCCAUCAACAUGCGAGAAAUUGUACAUCUCCAAAUUGGACAAUGUGGCAACCAGAUUGGCUCAAAGUUUUGGGAAGUGAUCUGUGAAGAACAUGGCAUCAAUGCUGUAGGAAUCUAUGAAGGAGACUCCAGUUUACAGCUGGAGAGGGCCAAUGUCUACUUCAAUGAGGCUCAUGGUGGAAAAUACGUGCCCCGAGCUCUACUUGUUGAUCUGGAGCCAGGAACUAUGGACAGUGUCAGAGGAAGUCAAAUUGGUCCCCUUUUUAGACCUGAUAAUUUCAUUCAUGGAAACUCUGGAGCAGGGAACAACUGGGCAAAAGGCCACUACACUGAGGGGGCUGAGCUUGUGGAGCAGGUGAUAGACCGGGUGAGGAAUGAGAGUGAGAGCUGUGACUGCCUCCAGGGCUUCCAGCUGGUCCACUCUUUGGGCGGUGGCACCGGCUCAGGCAUGGGCACCCUAAUUAUCAACAAGAUCAGAGAAGAGUACCCAGACCGCAUCAUGAACAGCUUCAGUGUUAUGCCAUCACCAAAAGUUUCAGACACAGUUGUGGAACCCUACAAUGCCACAUUGUCCGUGCAUCAACUCCUGGAAAACACUGAUGAGACCUUCUGCAUCGACAAUGAAGCCCUCUAUGAUAUAUGCUUUCGUACACUGAAGCUCACAACGCCAACUUAUGGAGAUCUCAACCAUCUUGUCUCUUUGACAAUGAGCGGGGUAACUACUUCGCUCAGGUUUCCAGGGCAGCUCAAUGCAGAUUUGAGAAAGCUAGCCGUUAACAUGGUGCCAUUUCCCCGUCUUCAUUUCUUCAUGCCGGGCUUUGCCCCUUUAACUCCUCGUGGAAGCCAGCAGUAUAGAGCACUGACCGUUCCCGAGCUUACACAGCAAAUGUUUGAUGCACGCAAUAUGAUGACCGCAUGUGACCCCAGAAGAGGUCGCUACCUCACAGCGGCAGGUAUAUUUCGUGGACGUAUGUCAACUAAAGAAGUGGAUGAACAAAUGCUUGCAAUCCAACAGAAAAAUAGCAACUACUUUGUGGACUGGAUCCCUCAUAAUGUCAAGGUGGCUGUGUGUGAUAUCCCACCACGUGGUCUCAAAAUGUCAUCCACAUUCAUCGGCAAUAACACAGCAAUUCAAGAGAUAUUUAGACGGGUGGGUGAGCAGUUUUCACUCAUGUUUAGGCGCAAGGCGUUUCUGCAUUGGUACACUGGAGAAGGUAUGGAUGAAAUGGAGUUCACAGAAGCUGAGAACAACUUGAAUGACCUAGUGUCAGAGUACCAACAGUACCAAGAUGCUACAGCAGAAAUGGAUGGAGAUGGUGAGGAAGAGGAGGAGGAGGUGCCCUUUUCACGACCCGCAGCCAACGUGCAGCCCCAAAUGGAUGUUCGAUUGGAAACAGUGACUGAGAUAAGUGAGAUAAGUAAGGAGACAAUAGAGUCAUAG